AUUCCAUCUCCGUCCAUUGCGAUGCCGCAGGAUACGGUGCAAGAGACGUUCGAUCGCCUGACGGAGCUUCCAGGUGUGAUGGGUGCCAUUCUGGUGGACGGAGCCGGUACUGUCGUGCGGACCAACCUAAACGAGACAGCCAGUCGGAUGUACGCCAACCGGUUGGGUCAACUGAUUUCGAUGGGCCGCUCCGUGAUCCGUGACAUGGAGCCCGGCGACGAUCUCACCUACGUGCGUUUGCGGACUCGCAAGCAGGAGCUGAUGGUGGCCACCGAAAACCAGCACACGAUCAUCGUCAUACAGGAUGCCCAGUCACUGGACCUGUCCCGGCGGAGCACUUCCAUCUCGACACGCAGCAGUACAAAUCCCGAUCGUGGCAGUAUUAGUUGAGGAGGAGUUUACGGACUAUAGGAAGCCCAGGACCUCGAGGAAAACAAAGUGCGCAGUUGCACGUCAUGCGGGCAGCAUAAACAAAAUGACAUAAACAAGCUGCGCCAGCGGGGCAACCGGAUGAGAAGUCCUUGCACGGACGCGCUUACAAAUCCCGAGCACAGAAGUGAAAUUGUGAACCGAACAGGGCAUCGCUAAAAAAACCGGGCAAGAAUAAAAUCCACAUCCAGGCGGGGUGUUCGAAUA